AUGGCGAGCAUAAGCUGGGCCUCUUCGCUGAGGGCUUCUAUCAUCUCCUUCUGUCAAGAGCUCGAACAUAUCAAAGAUCCAGAUGCCGUGUUCAGAGAACAGCUGGCUGAUUUUGAAGAUCGUUCGAGGAGGAGGCUGGAAAAUUUAGUACGGGAUGGAACGUUCGGGUGCGUACCUAGCCUCCAAAAAGAGCUGCUUGCAGAUAAUCGGCAAAUGAUAGAACUCGAGCUAGCGCACGUGGCUUCAAGAGCCCAGAGGCUUGAGCAAUAUGGCGAGACAAUGGAAGAACUGACCAGAAGGAUGCUAAGAGCACAGCUGAAUAUCCUGGGCCUAGAGGCGAUACAAAAGUUGGUACCAGAGUUAUCUGCAGCCAUGAAUUUGGAUGAAGGCGACUAUAUCCUUCUACGUCCGAACGAUGAGCAACAGUCAGCCUCUGAGUAUCAACCGAACAAUGUAGCGGCUGGGGAUGCACAUGUGCAGGCUCCCAAUCAUGAAGAAAAAUGGGACGACGAGUCCUGUCAGACGGUUCGACCAGAGGCCAAUACGUCCGUGACGUGGUGUACUUUGCGCAGGGGAGGUCGAGCUGAUCCCCACGGCAAUAGCAAUCGGGAGCAGCCUUAUCGCGCGAUGACGAGACGAGCACCGCCCAGACAGAAUUCACCAUCGCCACUCGCUACCGAAGUUCAAGUGUUACAUGAACACGACGAUUCUGAAAAGGCCCUGAUCCGCAAGAGAGGUAACACCUUAUGCAACAAGGCUAUGAACAUGGGAGUUGAUGGACACACCACCUGCAUACUGGUCUUCAAGAAUCCAGUUCACGACGAGUGGGUGUCUGCGGGACACAUACCGGAAGGUCAAACGAUCCCAAGCCUUGACGCUAUAGUAGCCGAGCAUAUGGGACGUCGUCAAGAGGCCGGAACAGACUCGCCCUCCAUCAAAGUUGAGAACAGUAGCCCAAACACCGCAAUGGGAAGAGAACGGGAUUACAUGAACAUGAUUGUGCACGAGGGCAUAGGUUGUGCAAAGUGA